ACAUGUGCUCGCUCUCCGCUCUCUCGUAAACAAUAACAUUAAAUAAUCAUGUUAAAUUUAAAUGUAUUCGGAAUUGCUAGUAGUAUAACUAAUAGAUGUGUAAAGUCAUUGACGUGCUCGGGUAUUUAUUGUAUUAGGAACUUGUCAUCACAUGAUAAUCCUCUGGGAAUUCAUAGCACUGAUAAAAGAAGGGCAACGCCCCUGAAAGAGAAGGGCUUACCAAAGAAAUGGCCAAUUCCUGGAGUCAAGCAAAUUAUCUUAGUAGCUUCUGGGAAAGGCGGAGUUGGUAAAUCAACAACUGCUGUCAAUCUUGCUCUUGGUAUUGCUGCAAAUAACAAGGCUUUGUCUGUAGGUCUGUUGGAUGCUGACAUUUACGGUCCAUCAAUUCCUAGAAUGAUGAAUUUAAGUGGUCAGCAGCCUGAGUUAACACACAAAAAUCUGAUGAAACCAGUGACUAACUUUGGAAUAUCUUGUAUGUCAAUGGGAUUCUUAGUGGAUGAGACAUCACCUAUUGUGUGGCGAGGUCUAAUGGUGAUGUCUGCUGUUGAAAAGCUCAUCAGGCAGGUGUCAUGGGGACCAUUGGAUUAUUUAGUUGUGGACAUGCCACCUGGUACAGGUGAUACUCAGCUGUCAAUAUCACAGCUCAUACCUGUCGAUGGUUCAGUGAUUGUGAGCACCCCACAAGAUAUUGCUUUAAUGGAUGCCAGACGAGGAGCAGAAAUGUUCAAGAAAGUCAAUAUACCAGUACUAGGUCUAGUGCAGAACAUGAGUGUAUUCAACUGUCCCAAGUGUGGGCACAACACUCAUAUAUUUGGAGAAGAUGGGGUUAAGAAUGUAGCGGAUGAGUUGGGAAUAGAUAUACUAGUUGAUAUUCCUCUACAUCUAAACAUAAGACAGAUGUCAGAUGAUGGAACACCUAUUGUUGUGUCCGACCCUGAAAGUGACCAGGCCAAAGCAUAUAAGGAUCUGGCCAGAGAAGUGGUCAAGAGGCUACCAGAGUACACUGACCCUUUUCCGAAGAGGUGACAGUAACUCAGAAAAUUUAUUCAAGAUCACUGGAAAUUUGAAAUAGAAUCAUUUUAUAAGGUACCAAAACACUAGUUAAAAGGUAAAGCAUCAGAUUUUAAACAAAACAUUAAUUUUGUGAUGCUAAUGUAAACUAUAUAAUGUGUUUUUCAAUAUUUAUUUUAUUAUUUGUAAAUCUACCAAAUAUAUAUUUAAUUUAAACUUAUUUCAAACAUUCUUGGAGUCUAUAGAGUGUGUAGCCCUUCACUUAAUAGUUCUGCUUUCUAAUACAGUCCUGUAAAACAAUAAAUACAAUUUACAAGGUAAUAACAAUAAAAUAUAAUAUGUUACUUGCUAGUAAGAUGUAAAAUAUAUAUUAUUGAGAAGAUUGGUCACAGAAUAUGACUGAGAGCAUUACAAAAAACAGUUACAAAUCAAUAAACAAAAAAAAUGUAAAAAAAAAACUGCAAGGUGCUACACCCAUAAACGUAAAAAAUAUAUACAUAUUAUGUUUCUUUGAACAGAUGAGUUUUUAACAGUUUAUGUAAACAUUGUCCAGUUAAGCAAUUUUCUUGAUUAUAAUGAACAUUCAAUUCAAUAAUCUUUAUUUCUAUCCUACUCAUCAAGAAAUAAAAAAUAGUAUUAUGAGGACUUCUUACCAAAUAAAUUGAAUGAGGAACAACUACAUUGAUUAAUGCCAAGUAGGAUAAAAUAUAGGGGACUGUAUAUAUACAGUAUGAAGAGUCUUGUUUGAUAAUUGUGCAAUUAUAAGAAAAAAUUACUUUGCACAUUACAACAAGAAAACAUAUUAGAAAUCAGUAUAUAACUUUAAUUUUCAAUUUUUAAAAUUAUUUACCAUAUUUAUUCGCAUAAACGUCUUGCUUUGAAUAAAUGAUCCUCUCAAAUAAACUCCCACUCCAGAGUCUCAUUUGGAAUACAUACCUCUGUCAAAUAAACGCCUUGUGUUGUUAAUUUUUUCCUCGAAUAAAUGCCCCAGAAAAAAGGACAGUAAACAAAACUAGAAGUAACAUAAUUCUAAACACAUUCUAUGAAUAUAUUCUACUUCUGUAGAAUUACAUUUUUUAACCUCGUUGGGAUCAAUAAGUUUUAUGAUCACACAAUGUCACAUUUUGACGGUAAUUAUGUGUUGUAGUUCCACAUUUACAGAAAAAAUAAGGGGCGUUUAUUUGAGUAUAUAAACUCCUCCUUCGAAUAGAUGCCACCUCAAUAACCCUCCACAACAAUAAAAACCCUGGGUGUUUAUUCAAAUAACCGAAAGGUCCACUGAUUAAUCUCAGAUAACAUAGUGUAACACAUACUCCAAGUAUCGAAAUGCACACCAUCGUGUCAG